AAAAAACAAAGAGAAAAUCUUUUUGUUGAUAUGCAUUCAAAUACGUAAGAGCUUUUUAUCUUGACCACUGCAUGUGCACGGUCGUCGUUAGGACCGUUGUAAAGGCGCGUGCACAUUGUUCACAACCACAUGCGCAGAAUGAACGAACACUUCAUUCUGCCGCUAUUGUUGCUUCGGAAUUGAAAACAUGAGUUAUCGUGUUUACAAAGUUAAUUCAUACAAAUUAAUGUUGUAUGAAUUAUUUUCGUAAAUUCUAUUAAACAUUUUUUAUUAAUUGUGAUUAUUAUAAACAUUCGUAAUAAAUUGUACAUAUGAGAAUUAGAAACGAAUUUAGAACCAAUACGUACAUGCUUAUAUUGAAGUAGUGAAUUGAAGGUUAGAGGUGAGAGCAUUCCCAUUGGAUUGCACUACAAAAUAAAGUACAAAAAGUUCAAAGAAAUCAUUCUUACAAUAUAUCAUGGCCCUUGCAAAUAUAUCUGGAAUUCCUGAUAAACAUUGGCAGCCACCAUUUGUUGUAUUUGAAACUACAAUGGGAGAAAUUGUCAUUGAGCUAUAUUGGAAACAUGUUCCAAUUACAUGCAGAAAUUUUGCAGAACUUACACGACGUGGAUAUUACAAUGGGACUAAGUUUCAUAGAGUAAUAAGAGAUUUUAUGAUACAAGGUGGGGAUCCCACAGGAACAGGAAAAGGUGGUGUAUCUAUCUAUGGGGAAUGCUUUGAUGAUGAAAUACAUGAUGAUCUAAAGCAUACAGGUGCUGGAGUAGUAUCUAUGGCUAAUUCUGGACCAGACACGAAUGGAUCACAGUUUUUCAUUACAUUAGCGCCCACGCAGUGGCUCGAUGGAAAACAUACAAUUUUUGGUAGAAUUCACUCCGGCAUGGCAAUAGUCAAAAGAAUUGGUCUAGUCGAGACUGAUAAGAAUGAUAGACCUGUGGAUGAUAUAAAAAUUGUUAAAGGAUCCAUAAGAAAUGCGUAAUAAAUAAAUAAAUUUUUAAUUACCGUUCUUAUUAUGCUGAUAUUGUAUGAUAUGAAUAAUGAUAUGUUUAAUUAUUUC